CCAGCCAGGAUCGGAACUCACUCAGCAAAUACACACACAUCGUGAAAGUGGACCAGACUGUAAGCUGUGCUCCGAGGUCUGGUCAUUCACCCGGGCCCAAUGUAGUCUCUUAUUGACAAGGGUGGGAUGUGAAAAAGUUGCAAGCGAGGAAUCCACCCCCCGAAAUUAAUCAUGGAAUUGGACAACAGCCGGGAAGGGCUGGUGAACAUGAGACCGACCAGGCGAUGGAGUUAUGAGUGAUACCAGGGCUGGGGUUUUGGCAGCUUCUGACCGUCCCCUCAAUCCCUCAACUUCCAAAAGGGUCAAGAAUAUUGUGAAGGAAAUCGAACACGCCCUGAGCCAGAGCUCUCGUAGUUCUACAAUCAAAGGUCCCAGUACGUACAAGUGGCCUCCAACCAGGAACUUGGACAAGGUUCAAUCCACUGGGGCCUCAGGGGAAGCCCUACCACCAGCUGUGACGAUAGAGCACUCUUCGAAAGCUGGUUCAAGUAGAACAGGCCUAAAUGAUACACAGCUGCUCAGGCACAGAGCUCUGGGGUGGGGGGAAGCCACUCAAAAUGGACCUGGUGUGAAGAAACCAUUGCAGAAAAUGCACUCAGUGGGUAGUGCUCCCCACUUUGGAGAUCGAAUCAGUUCCCGGCAUCACAACGUGAACAUUAAACAAAAGAUUUCACAAUGGGAGGGAAAAACGAAUGCUAGCACGGACAAACGCACACCUGCAGAAGGUGCUGUGCCCCCAAAAUGUGGAUGUCCAUUUGUUGCAAAGGCUGAAAGCCCAGUAGGUGGCAAUAAGCGAGGCCUAGUAAAAGCAAAAAGCCUGGGCCUAGAUUUCAGGGAAGGAUGGAAUGCAAAUGACCAAAAGGUAAAAAGUACUGAUGAGAAAAAUGGAGAAGAAUCGAACUCAAAAGGGCUGGGUUCUGUGAUCCCUCAGGUAAAAAAACUGGAGAAUUUGGUCAAGAACCCUUCAGAUUCUGGAAAGCUGCUACCUCCAGGGAACUUUUAUACAUCCCAGAAUUUCUGGAAGAAGAAGAUGGAAGACAUUCUACAAGAUAAGAAUGCAAUAUGUGCUUCAGAGCUGAAAAGGAAACGAGAAAGCACCAGUUCAACUGAAAAGGAUUUAGAUUUGAGAAACUUUGAGAGCAGAGAGACAACCAUUAGGAACCCAGAGAAUGUGUACACAGAUUCUGAGGAAACUGAUGAAUCACGUAGAAUUAACCCUGUGCCUAAACCACGCAGAACCUUUAAGUACGCUGUAGAUAAAAAUUCCAGGGAUACUUCCCCUCAAGGAAAGCUGAUACCUACAAAAGGAAAUGUUCGUUCCCCACCCCCACUGCCAACUAACCCACCUCCUUCAACCAAGAUUCUGUCGACUGAAACACAAUUAGUAAAGACCAACAGGAAGUCCUUUGAGUUUGAGGAUGCAGAAGGUCUUCAGAUCCUCUUUACACCAGCGAUGAGUGAGAGGAAUCAUAAUGAAGAUGGCAAUAAGAUUAAAGUGACACUUUCCCAGACCCUGUCUGAAGAGAACCUAUAUGAGGAUAUCAUAAGUCCUUCCAAGGAAAAUCCAUAUGAAGAUGUCAAGUUCACCCCGUCGCUCCUGUCGAGAGGCAAGAGAGUCUGGGGAUCUCCAUCCACACGGCCCAGGCGGCCUCCUAAGCUUCCUCCUAAACCCCCCAGCCUCCUGGGACAAGCUCAGGAAAGUAAAACUUGGAAAGUUUCGGAGCCGAGGAAGAUCAGCAAGGACAACACAGCCCCUCUGCUUCGCUCCAACCCACCUUCACUUACUGGCAACCCUGAGGACCCUGUCAGCGGUGACAUCUUUGUGAAGAAAAGAAAGCGGAUCCCAGCGUUGGUUCUGAAGAUACAGGCAGUGUACGAUGUGAAGAGAGGUAAGAAGAAAGUGAAGGCUUUGACCUCAUCGGGAUCAGACUCCACGCCUCUGAAAGAUGAGAACAGUGAGACAGAGAGUGAUACAGAGGAACAACAGAAAGCCCACAAUCAGCGCUUGGUAUAUGUGCAUUCCACAUUGAAGAGGAACACCCGCUAUCAAACCCUCGAGCGCGAUUUAAUCGAGUUACAGGAACAGAAGCUUUUUGAAUACUUUGUGGUGGUCUCACUUCGGAAGAAAGGUCUUGUACACACUUAUGAACCUCAAGUCACUCAGCAGUUUCCUAGUAAGCUGGAGAAGUCAACAAGGCAGGCACGUGACGCUGAGGAAAGGCUGAAAGCUAUCCCCCAGUUCUGCUUUCCAGAUGUCAGCGAAUGGGUUGCAGUUUCUCAGUUGACCAGUGAAACAUUUUCCUUUGUUCUGACUGGCGAGGAUGGAAGCAGGAGGUUCGGAUACUGUCGGAAACUCUUGCCGAAUGGGAAAGGUAAAAGGUUGCCGGAGGUUUACUGUAUGGUCAGUCGGCUAGGCUGCUUCAACCUCUUCUCAAAGAUUCUGGAUGAAGUGGAGAAAAGAAGGGAGAUUUCCCCGGCCCUUGUCUAUCCUUUCAUGCGCAGUGUGAUGGAGGCUCCAUUCCCAGCACCGGGCCGAGUGAUCACAGUGAAGAACUUUCUUCCAGGGUCAGGAAAUGAGGUGAUUGAACUCUGCAGACCCACAGAUUCAAGAUUGGAACACGUCGACUUUGAAUGUCUCUUUGGCUGUUUGAAUGUCCGGCAUGUGAUCCAUGUGUUUGCUUCAUUGCUUCUGGAACGGAGGGUGAUUUUCAUUGCAGACAAGCUCAGCACCCUCUCUAAAUGUGGACAUGCAGCUGUGGCCAUGCUGUACCCAUUCACCUGGCAGCACACCUACAUCCCCGUGCUUCCGGCUGUCAUGAUCGAUAUUGUUUGUUCCCCCACUCCCUUCCUCAUUGGAAUUCAUUCAAAUUCGGUGGCUCUAUUGAAUGACCUGCCCAUUGAAGAGGUGCUGGUGGUUGAUCUGUGUGCAGACAGGUUCCUGCGGCAGAUGGACGAUGAAGAUUGUAUUCUUCCACACAAACUACAAGCUGCACUGGAGCAGAUCCUUGAGCAGAGAAAUGAAAUGCUUACUGUGCAAGAGGAAGUGGACGGUGGAGAUGGCCUGAGCUCUCUUAGCGCCCUCGUUUCAGAAGCAUGUGUCAGGUUCUUCGUGGAGAUCGCCGGCCACUACUCCCUCCACAUGUCAGUCAACGAGAAGGGCGAACGGUCCUUCCAGAGAGAUGCCUUCCGCAAAUCCCACACCUCCAAGAAUGUUCGGCAGUUCCUGGAGCUUUUCAUGGAGACCCAGAUGUUCGCUGGCUUUGUGCAGGACAGGGAGCUAAGGAAAAGUGGAGUCAAAGGUCUCUUUGAGGUGCGAGCAGGGGAAUAUCUGGAGACCAUCCCUGAAACUGGACCAAGUGGUGUCAACAGGUUCCUUAAAGGCCUGGGGAGUAAAAUGAAAUUUCUUUCCAAGAAGUGAAAUGAGGUCCAGUGGUAUAAACAUUCCAUGACCAUGGAUUCCAGAACCAAGCAUCUUCUACCAUGCCAUGUGAGUGACUCCCAAUUACACUCCCACUCCAGCACCUGCUUUUGCUGGUCAGUUGGGUGGCUGGAUUGACCCUGGGAUCAUGCCAUUUGCACAGAGCUGACAAUUUGCCCACACACGUACGCCUUCCUGCACUGAGAUUGCACGCAAGGUGGCAUCCUGGAAACACCGACUGGAUUUUGUGCUUUCUUCUGGCAAUAACAAGUUCCAACUCUCCAUGAAAGUGCAUGAACAUUUCCUGCUCCUCUCUGUCCAGCUGUGGUGAAGCAAAGUGAAUCACAAGAUCGGUCACCAGGCUGAGAAUCCAGAGGCUUUUGGAGCAGUCUUGGCUCAUUGACUAAAUAAACUUACCCUUACGAUUAUUUUUUAAUGCUUCUAUUGUUCUUCCUGAAGUCUAAUCCAUGUACCUAUCAGUCUUGCUGUAAAGGAAUACUUCCUCACAUCUGCCCUAAAUGUGCCUUUAACUGAUUUGAACCUGUGCUUAGGUUGUGAAAUAAUUGGUAUGAUAACUAUUCGUGUACCUGGAUCAUAGCUAUAUCAGUCUAAGUGCUAUAGAGGCCAUUCACAUGAUCCUGUUUUACAUGGGAGUGAUAAGAUGGUACAAUGUAGCCCUCACCCACUACGUACACAACCUUGGCAAGCUGCCAGAAAGCCAGCUCAUGCCACAGCUCUAAUCUUUCCUUUUUUCAGUGUGACAACCAAUCUGGGGUUGAACGUGAUGGCAGUGCCAUGUGAAUUCGGGUCUACAGCAUUCGAUCUGAGAGUCUCAGCAGCCAGUGGAGUGGGGACGAUCCUGGACCUCCACCACCUGUUCUGACUCUGAACCUGGGUACAAGAUUUGCAAAGACAGUUCUCCAAUCACUGCUCCAUAUAGUCUCUUAGCCUGCAAAAUGGCAUCAAAUCUUAAUGACUUCUUAAUGUCAUCAAUUGUGAAAUGGGUGCUUUUUUUUGAAAAAUGCAGCUUUUCAAGGGGAUGCUGCAGGAAAUAUUCCUCACUGUUUUACUCGGUGUCUAUGACUGAGGCUUCAAUGAGACACCCCCAUCACUGAUGGUUCAAAUGGAAAUUUCUUGUUUUUCCUAAAAGAUAAAAAUAUUAAUUCUCAGUCUAAAGACCAUAGUUCUAAGCUGUAAUACUCUUCAGCAAUGAGCUGCAUGGCACUGUAUCUCACCGUUCUCUUCUGAAAACUACAUGCUGUUUUCUGCAGUCCUGAAGUUGUUGAUUCCUGGUGGUUCUGCUCCUAGUUAACCUGCUCAAACUGGUAUUCCUCUUGUCGGCCUGGUUUUUGGGAACCUAGUCCAAUCUCACCUGAUUGGCAUGUAUGUCCAGCCACACACCCACUCACCCUGUCCCUCUCCCUCAUUGGAUAGUGACCCAACAUGGGGAACCUCAGCAAACUCACGUUGCUCCCUACAGCCCAGGGAGUCUGAAGCCAUUUGAUGAAUCCAUCCCCCACCCAAUUGAGAUUGGUUAAGAGCACAGACUGGGACUCGAACCUUCUUGCUUUGUAUGGCUCACUGUCAUAUCAGGCAGUCCCUGUUACUCAAUGGGGCGCAGGGGAGUUGCACAGAAAUCAUUUCAUUUUUAAACCUUACAAGCUCGGGCUGUAUGAGGCAGAUUAAUUGCUGCACAACCCCUCAUUGGGAUAUCAGAAAGUAAUGGACAGUUGGUGAAGUCACAUUGUUGGUAGGGUGGGGGCAGCAUGUACCCUGGGCUGGUUUGGGACAGGUGGUGGUGGGGUUUUGGUACACACUGCACCAAUGUUUUCAUUCGGUUUGCAGUAUUUUGUACACUGUUCACCAGUGGCAGCCACACCCGCGGUCCUCAAAUGCUUUGUGAUGUUAACUUGCAGCCUAUUGAGUUUUAUGUGGCUUUUGUUUAAACAAUUUUUAUAAGUUAGUAUAGUAAAGAUUAAAGUCUGCACCCCAAGUGAAGGGCAGCCCUUUUCGAAUGAGAUUAAGUUUUCAGCUGUCGUAGGCAACGGCUGCUGGAUUCCAUUAACGUAAAGAUCAGGAUUUCACUAACAUACCGGACCGGUUUGGACAAUCAUUGAGUGGCAGUAGCUGACGUACCAGGCAAUAGAACAGAGCGUCUAAAGACAAUGUGUGAGCCAGGGCUUCUCCUAUUGAACCUGCACAAGACAAAUUGUCCUGGUGACAGUACUCGUACAGAAUGGCCACUCUAGGCCACAUCCUUAGCAGAGUCAUCCUUUAACACUGAAGAGCCCAGGCCCCUGGCCGAGACCCUUAUAACAAAUGAACGUAGCAGUACCUCCUCAGGUUGCUAUAGCACUUAGAGAUGGACUAGAAAUCCUUUCUCAUUCAACCUUUUACUGGCUUUUUACAAGCUACCAAAACCAUCUGGAUUCUCAUUCUGAUUCAGGCCCAGGCUAACCUUGAUUUCUCCUGAGUUAUUCUAACUGGAAUCUUUAUUUAAUAAUGUGGUUGAUGGAGCAGUUUAAAGUCAUUAUGACCCAAGUGUCACUUAUAGGUUAUGACUGGCUGAUUGCUUCCAGUCACAAUGGGCUCCUGUGUUUAAUGGAGUUUGAGAGAUCUGGAGCUCUGGCCUGCAUUUAACCAUUCGCCAGAGUUGCCCUGUUGAAGCUGCUGUAAGUCCCACUUCAUUAAAACCAAUAUUAUAGUCUUGUGAUUUUCCCCACAAUGCCCCCUAAUUGGCUGAAGGUGCUGACAUUCCAGACUGAUAUUAGCAGCACUAGACCGAUACGCUCACGGGCACCUCAGCCGUGGAUCAGCUGAGAUGCCUGGCACCAGCUUUUCAACAGUAGUGGUGGGGGUGGCACAGCCAAGUCUGAUUCUACCCUCGCCCACCAUAUGCAAGUGUGAGGGCUACUAGAUAGUGAGUAGGAGCCCUGCCUGAUCUUUAUUUCUCUCCUUCCAUAGCUCAGGAACACUGAAGCCAAUUGCAGCAAUAUCCCCCACAUGGCACUCUGGUCUGAGUUACUCCUUAAUGCAGCAUUGCCCCAUCAGGGCAGCAGGAGUUAGUUGGCAUGUUUGCAUUUUAAUUGCAAUCUAUUGUCCUCCCACUUCCAGAACACUUCAGUGAAUAUUGAUUCUCACAGGAAGAAAUGAAUGUCAUAGAGUAUUUGAACUGUGUCACGUGGUAUUGGAACUUCCUGUUAGUAAUGUGACCCUGGUGCAAGGAAAGGUUAAAAUGCAGCCCCUCUAAAACCAAUUACCUGUACAGAGGACCAGCAGCGCGGUUUAAGAUAUCAAUUAAGGGAGCUGCUAGUUUAACCACGUGAACAGGACGGAGCAUUGCGUCCCAGCUGUGGUGAGGCUGGGAAUAAACAGUGAGAUUUACACCAUGAGUCGCACAUCACCACCUUAAAAAAAACUUUAAACUCCUCAAACUUGGAACAUUGAAGGAAAAGAAAGCUCAGCCUCCUCUCUGCACACUGCUGUUACAUGCAAUCUGUCUGAUUUGCUUCUUAAACAUGCGGCCUUUAUUUACCUUAAUUGUUUCAGGUGAGCAGAGCACAUGCCGGUACAUGUGACUCAUCAACCUGGAGCUCAAUGUAACAUUUUAAUUAGCUUUGCACCAAUCAAGUCUCCCCUAAGUUCACAUUUCAAUUUAGUUGCAUAAAACUGGUAAUAUCCUGUGAAGGUACAAGUCCCUUCCUCAAGAGUUCAAAUCUCACAAUGGCAAACUAUGAAACAAUGUAACUUCAUCUGAAACAGAUGGAAACGGGUUUGUACUCGAAAGAGUUACAAGUCCCUUCCUAAUUACAACUGUGACCGCACUUCAAAAAAUAGAAGCACUCAAUUGGUUACACAAGGCACUUUGGAUUCUCCUGAGGUUGUGAAAGGCGCUAUGUAAAUGCAAGCUCUUUCUUCCAGCACCCCAGGGAAAGUUUAUUCUCCUGGUUGGUCCAUUCAGUCCUUUCUCUCCAAGCUGGUUUAAUUGUCUCUGUCUAUGUUUUUAAACAUGAAGAAUGUAGCCAGGUGCUACAGUUAAGGCCCCGAACAUUGCUGAUGAUUUGUGUGUUGCUCUAAGAUGGCGGCAGUGGAAAUAUCAAUGUACUAAACUGAUUCUGAAAGGUCAGCAAAACCACUAAUCCCACUGCCUGGUGCACUGAGGCUGAGGUCUCACAUCAACAUGUUUACAGUGAAGGAGGGCUUCUUUCAGCAUUGUGUCCCUGUAAUGUGAUGAGACAUUGAUGUCUCUCAGUGUUGCAGAGCUGAGUGUUCUCUCUGUAUGCAUGUAGGACCAAUAACUGUAAUAGACAUUGUUUACAUAUGAACUGUAAAGAAAUAAACAUUUGAACAAACAUCC